GAAACAUCAGAACAGGCAAAGGCGCAUUCCUGUACGCGCGUAACCGGUCUCACGUAUGCUACGUGAACGUGCUCAGCAAAGUGGGUCUCACUGGCAAUUUGAAGACUGGAAACUCAGUUCUAGUCAUAUUUUAUAUGAGUUUAUUUAUUUAAAAGACAUGUUUUAUAUAAGCUACCAUAAUGAAAGUGUCUAGUUGUAUGUGACUUUUUCAGCUCCACGUGGCCGAAUGACACCGAUGAUUGUUUUAUUCACGAAAUAGACGUUAAUUUCCUUUUUAAGGGUCUGGAGAUGGGAUCGGCUGACGGCGGGGGGAGCAAACUCCACCCAGCAGAUAGGAUCUCGGGCAGGCGGAGCGGGAGGCAGCUUGCGCCGAAAGGGCUCGGGCUGGUUGGUCGGGACGCCUGACAAGUCCCGCAGAAAACUUCAGAGGGGCAAAGUCCAGAGUGAGAGGGAGACGGAGUGGAAGUUAAUGUGUGAGUGCGUGCUGGGAACUAAAUCACAUGUCAUUUUAAAGAAAUGCUCAAAAGAUGGCGAUGGUAAUAGCGACGGGAGUUUCAGGUGCCUCCGGAGUGCAAAAAAGUGGAUUUGUGGAGGUUUUGGUGCGGGAGCAGUGGCACAAAGUUUUGGUCAACUUGAACGAGGAAGCGCUCACGUUAAGCUGCGAGGAGGGCUGUGUUAACGACAACGUGGACGACAAUGUCAGCUCCAACGGCGUUACCAACGGAUCUUACCUUGAUAACAAUAACACCAACUCCAACAACGGCCCCCAAACUGUGCGCACCGCGUUCACGGACCUGCCGGAGCGAGUGCCCGAGGCGAUCGCCAACAGAAAGCGGUGCGUCAAGGUGGCCAAGCAGGAGAUCGGGGGACUUGGGAUCAGCAUCAAAGGCGGGAAGGAGAAUAAAAUGCCCAUCCUCAUCAGUAAGAUAUUCAAGGGGCUCGCAGCAGACCAGACCCAGGCUCUGUACGUCGGGGACGCAGUCCUGUCUGUGAACGGCGUGAACCUGCGGGACGCGACACACGACGAGGCUGUGCAGGCGCUGAAACGGGCCGGGAAAGAGGUGACACUGGAAGUGAAGUACAUGCGCGAGGCAACACCGUACGUCAAAAAGGGCUCCCCUGUGUCAGAGAUCGGAUGGGAGACCCCCCCCCCUGAGUCUCCGCGUCUCGGCAGCCAUCCCAUCACCAGCUCCUCCUCAUUUGACCCGCUGAGCUCUCCUACCCAGCCCUCCCUGUCUCUGCAGGGCGACAGGAGGUGCAUACCACUCAAGAUGUGUUGUGUAACCCGAGCCAUGACCACACCAGACCCUGAGAACAGACAACUGGAGCUGCACUCCCCUGACACCAGGCACACCGUGGUGCUGCGCUGCCCAGACCAGCCAUCUGCCCUGUCCUGGUUCUCCGCCAUGCACUCUGUCACAUCCACACUGUCACAGCGGGCGCUGGCAGAGGUCAUCCAGAACACAGCCAGGACGGGGGUAGCUGGCAGCAAAGACAUACGACACCUGGGAUGGCUGGCAGGGAAGACAGAGAGCGAGAAGCAGAGCUGGAAGCCGGUGCUGGUGGUGGUGACAGAGAAAGACCUGCUGCUGUAUGAGAGUCUACCACAAGGAAAGGAGGCCUGGCAGAGCCCUGCACACACUUAUCCACUGUUAGCAACACGUCUGGUGCACUCUGGACCUGACCGGGGAUCGCCGCACUCUGGCACAGAGCUGUUCUUUGCCACUCGGACUGGCACACGACUCGGCAUCGAGACGCAUCUGUUCCGUGUCGAGACCACCAAGGAUCUGUCCCUGUGGACCAGACACAUAGUCAACGGAUGUCACGGCUCAGCUGAGAUGAUCAAAGAAGUCACAACAAGUUGUCUAUACCAGAGUCAGGAGUGCCAGCUGGUGAUUCACUACGAGCAGGGUUUCUCCGUGUUGGCUGACCCCAAAGUGGGAGACGGGGAGAAUGGGGAGGAGAGAGGAGCUCACACACCCACCAGGCCCCGGGUGCUCCUCUCAUACCCCUACGAAAAACUAAAGAUGUCCUCAGAUGACGGAGUUCGCCUUCUCUUCCUUGACUUUGGCGGGAAAGAGGGGGAGAUUCAACUGGACCUCCACUCAUGUCCGAAACCGAUCGUCUUCAUCCUCCACUCCUUCCUCUCUGCUAAGAUUUCCCGCCUGGGUCUGGUGGCCUGACCGCUGAAGGGAUAUUUCAUCUCCUUUGAAAACAGAAAUCUACCUUGUUUCUCCACCUCUCUGCAGCCCGCAUGCAGUAAUACACAACGUCAAUCUCCUUCAGUCGGGGACCCAAGCUGAGUGAAUGUAGCCUCUAUCUGGAAAUUGACCUUUUUUUUUGGGUCCAUGUCAAUGAAACACUGGAGAAACCAAACCAGGUUGGUUUUGCUUUGAGUGAAAUGGACAGAUUUUUUUUAGGAUUAACCCUCCUUUUAAGGGCCGCAUGGACUGAAGUGUUGACUGAAGAACCACAGAAGAAGACAUGGACUGGACUAGAAGCAGAAGGAUGAUGUAUACAGACAUCGGGCAUUAUCGUCACGUCCAGGAUUAGAAGGACUGGACACAUGCAGCACGGUUGAGAUUAUUUCACUUUUAAUUCAAUCAAAAUGUAAUAGCAAACUGCCUUCCAUUUACCAAUUAUAUAAUUUAUUCACCAUUAGCUCUGAAAGCACAUUCUGAAUUUCACUGUCCUUUUUCUUCACCAAACACUUGACACACUGUGGAAAAACUUUAUGCAUUUGUCUUUGUUAGUGUCCCCUGAAAUGUCUUGUUAACCAUGUCAGCAUUCAUCAUUGAAACUGGCAGAAGGUUUCCCACAAUGUAACUAAAAUUCAAAAUGUUAAAGUAUUCUUUUACCAGGUUGCCGGUGGUUGAAGUAUUUGUGUUUCACUGAUUUGACAGUGAGCUGAGGUCAGUUCUAAUGUCUUCAAAUAUAUAUUUUUAAAAAGUAUUGGCUUCAAUUCAGAUGAAUUAUAAAAUACAUAAGCCUCCAGAUUUUCACAUUUAAAUUCCAUGUAUUGUUUAUCACUCAUAAAGAGGGCAAUAGCUUGCUAAGGCAAUUUGGUUAUCCAGGUGGCAUUUAAUGUUGUGUUUCUGACAUAAUCAAAUAAUGACUGAAUACUUUGGUAAACACAAUUUGACCCGAUAAUUGAAAGCAAUAGUUUGAUCUUUUAGGGAAAUAAACUUUUUCACAUUCUUGCUGAGAGUUAGAUGAGCUACAGCAAGAAGCCGGUUAUCUUAGCUUUCCCAAAGGCACACCUCUCCUCCCCCGCUCAACGAGGGGUUAUGCAGCCCCCCAGACUUGCUCUCGCUUUGGAACGAGCUUUGACUGCUUGCUGUUUCACCUCGUUAUAGUUGCAUUUUUUUAAGCGUUGUGUCCAACAUUUACGUAGCUUCCUUUUGGAUGCAUGUUUAUGAUCUGGCACCUGGUCGCUACCCUUUUACAGAGGUUGACGCCCAGAAACGUCCUACGUAAAACAAGCAAAAUAAGAAAAUACAGGCAGAGGGCAGGUUUACUGCAGAUACAGACACAGCAACACACUUCUAGUGGAGUCCAAGCUAACCAGCUACUGGCUAUAGUCUUAUAUUUAAUGGACAAAUAUGAAAGUGGUAUCAAUAUUCUCAUCUAACUCUCAGCAAUUAGCGAAUAAAUAUAUUUCCAAAAUGUUGAACUAUUCCCCAAAGGGUCUGCCCUCUAAUCAGACAUGUUGAUGAUGUUCACUCCUUCCUCCUUCAUUUCAGGGUGGAUAGUGAUGUGUAGAUUUGAUACUCUGCAGGACUGAUCUUGUUUGCCGGUUAACUGACAAACAUCUUCCUUGAGUACUUCUAAUAUUCAUAUUUUGAAAACCGAAACUCAAUCAUACGGUGUCACAAUGACCCCGUAAAGUAUUAUGUGUCUUUCAUUAUAGCAAGGUAGCCAUGAUAGGAGUCUUCAGUCCUGCAGCAGCUGGUGCAGGUUUCUUGUUUUUUUUUUGGGAUGUUAUGCAACAGAUGAAAUCUGUAUACUGCGCUGUCUCUGACAAGGCUGGCUGCCGGGACUUACCUCAUGCCUUCAGAUGACUGAGAAUAAGACAUUUGAAUUGUGAAAGAAAAUCGUUAUAGAGAUCAUAGGAUGGAGCUGCAAUGUGACUUCUAUUAUGGCUACUUUAAUGUAAUUCUGUAAUUUUCUGUUUGCUUCAUAUCGAUAUUCAUAUUUCCAAUAAUCAUUUACACACACACACACACACGCACUGUGAACAAUGAUUUACAUAUUGUAAUCCAAUCGCUCUCUAGAAGAAAUACCAUCUGUUUUCUUGAUACUAAAAGAUAGUGGAGGCAUUGUAACACUAUUGUUCAGCCAAGAAGCCAGCACUUACUGAUAACCCCAAGUGGGGAGACGCUCUUUGAGUAAAGGCUGCUUUGAUAUGUAGAAUACUCUGAUGCCUUCGGCAGCUAAUGUACUGUCACUCAGAAUGAUAAAGCCUAGUUUUUGACUCUAAAUGGUGCACAUAAAUCAUGUAUUUAACAAAAGCAA